AUGUCGCUGGUGCAACACGUCUCCGUCAUCGAUGGUGUCGAUCGCGAAUUAGAACCAGACGUAGCAGAAGACUUUGCCCCCAUCCGCCGAAAAAUCAGCUACGAUGUUCUGCAGCCACCAACAGAGGCCAUCCCGGUCGCAGAGCUGCGCCCUGGAACACCAGCGUACAAGCAUUCACCCGCGAAGAGAAUAGCGCAGGUUGUGGUGACAGUGCUCGCGUGCUGGCUCGCGUCGGGUAUCGUGUUUGGGUUCGCGGCUCUGAAACCAGUCCUCGUCGAGGAGGGCGUUUAUCACGAGCGCUGUACACCAGCCGAAAUAGACGAAGGUCUUGAACUGUGUUCUCAGCAAGAUCUUAGACUAAACCUCUUUUUCACUAUUGCUUCCAUCACCGCCAAUGUAUCAGCCUUGCCAGUUGGAACAAUCCUGGAUCGCUGUGGCUCCCGGCUAUGCUGGGUAGUUGGAUCCAUAUUGCUCGCCGUCGGCGGCGCCAUCAUGGGCUUCGCGUUCCACAUCCCCAGCUUUGAUGGGUACAUCCCGGGAAAUUUCUUCCUCGCACUGGCUGGAACAUUCAUCUUCGUGCCAUCCUUCCAAAUCGCAAAUGCAUUCCCUAAAUACGCGGGGACGAUUGUCGCAUUGGUGACGGGUGCAUUUGACGCGUCGGCUGCCGUCUUCCUCUUUUACCGACUCAGCUACGAGGCUUCGGCGAGAAGAUUCACUCCAGACAAAUUCUUCCUAGGCUAUCUCAUCGUGCCGCUCUGCAUUCUUAUCGCGGUGGUGACAGUAAUGCCCGCGAAGGAUUACGUCUCAACAUUGCAAUUAGAAAACAGAAUCGAAAAGGCGGAAGAUGCCACACGUGACAUCCACGACUCAGACGACGAGAUCGAGAGUACAGCCGAGCUUACCAAGCUCCGACGAAAGCGCGCAGAACAGCGCAAGAAGAAGAUCCGCCAGAUUAACGCCAUCCUGGGUGAUAAAGACGAGCGUCAACUGCGCGCCGACCGGGAAGAAAAUCGUCAACAGGUUUCUUCGGUCUGGGGUGUUCUGCACGGUCUGCCGGCGCACAAGCAGAUGGCCACGCCGUGGUUCAUUCUCAUUACAUUGAUGACGGUUCUACAGAUGAUCCGCAUGAAUUACUUCAUUGCGACUAUCCGCUCGCAAUAUGAAUAUAUGCUCGGGUCGAUUGUUGAAGCGGAUAGAAUUGGAAGCUUCUUUGAUAUUGCAUUGCCGGUUGGUGGUGUUCUUUUCACGCCUGCUAUUGGCUUUUUGCUCGACCGUCUUAGCGUGCCAGCAAUGCUGAGCCUCAUUGUUCUUUUCACUACUGUCAUUGGAGUGUUGAAUUCCAUUCCGGCUGUUUGGGCUGGGUACAUGACAGUUAUAUUGUUUGUGUUACUACGACCACUUUAUUACUCUGCUAUGUCCGAUUAUACAACCAAAGUCUUCGGCUUCGCCACAUUCGGUCGUGUCUACGGUGCCAUCAUCUGUCUAUCAGGACUAUCGAAUUUCUCCCAGUACGGCCUAGAUGCGUUGACGCAUCGCAACUUUGACGGAAAUCCAAUUCCAAUCAAUGCUUCCUUGGCAGUUGCGGGGUUUAUCGUGGGCAUGGCACUCGUAAUAUUUGUUCUCGUGGCUGCGAGGCAGCUAAGAGAGAAGGACCAGGCGGAUGACGAGGAACGGGAGAGACUUCUCUUGUCCUUGGAAGAGGAGGAUGAAUACGAGAGUGAUGAGGAGCAUCGGUGA